UGAUACAUAUAUAUAGUAGUGAGGUUGAAAAGGUGCUACUUUGUGUGUUGCAUCAUAUUGUGUUAAGUACGAGACAUUAAUAAUAAUAAUAAUGGAGAACUACUCAUCUCUGGAGAGAGAUCUAAGUGACAUGAAGGCUUAUUUUGGGACCGGAAAAACAAAGGAAGCAUCAUGGAGACAAUCUCAGCUUAAGGCUUUGCAUAAAUUCCUCCUUGAAAAUGAGGAUCAAAUCUUCAAGGCCCUCAACCAGGAUCUGGGCAAGCCUCAAGUUGAAGCUUUUAGAGAUGAGGUGGGAACUUUGAUUAAGACCUUAAAUUUCGUGACCAAGUCUUUGAAACAAUGGAUGGCUGGCAAAGAGGCUAAACUGCCACGAAUAGCAGUGCUUUCGAGUGCAGAAAUAGUUGCUGAGCCUCUUGGCUUAGUUCUCAUAUUCUCGUCAUGGAAUUUUCCCUUGGGACUAUCAUUGGAGCCACUAAUAGGAGCAGUAGCUGCUGGAAACAGUGUAGUUCUGAAGCCAUCAGAGAUGUCACCUGCUUGUUCUUCUCUUCUGGCCAAUGUUCUUCCUUCUUACUUGGAUUCCAAUGCCAUCAAGAUCAUCCAAGGUGGACCAACUCUUGGGGAGCUACUCUUAAAGCAAAGAUGGGACAAGAUCUUCUUCACAGGAAGUGCAAGGGUGGGAAGGAUUGUUAUGAGUGCAGCAGCAGAGCAUCUGACACCUGUGAGUUUGGAGUUAGGAGGAAAGUGUCCAGCAUUGCUUGAUUCUCUUGCAACAACUUGGGAUAGAGAGGUGAAUUUACUAUUUAUGUAUUGUUGCAUUCAAUUUUGCCACAUGCAUGUCAUGUACUAUUGUAUAACUGUGGAGAAGAUUGAAGAUAGUGUUAAAUUCAUAAACUCAAGGGCAAAACCUCUAGCAAUCUAUGCCUUUACCAAAAACAAAUCUCUACAAAAAAGGAUGGUAGCUGAGACAUCAUCUGGAAGCCUUGUAUUCAAUGAUGCAAUUGUACAAUAUAUAGCUGAUACCCUGCCAUUUGGAGGAGUUGGUGAGAGUGGAUUUGGAAAGUACCAUGGCAAGUUCUCCUUUGACAUUUUCAGUCACCACAAGGCAGUCGCAAGAAGAAGUUACUAUACAGAUUUUUGGUACAGGUUUCCUCCAUGGACUCUUAAAAAGCUUCAACUCCUUGAGGUCUCUUACAAUUUGGACUAUAUUGGAAUCCUCCUUGUCUUGCUGGGUUUAAGGAGAUCAAACCGGAAAUUCAUUAAUUAAUUCACUAAUCCAGAUUAAUUAAGGUGUAUGUGUUUAUUAUUGGUUCUCUAUGUCUUGUUUCUUUUAAUAAUUAAUUGGCUUUAUUGUGGAAACUAUUGGAAUAAGGAUAGAUAAUGGAAUAUGUGCAGGUGUAUGCUAUGUGUUUGGGGGAUAAUAAACCAUUUAAUUUCCUGAUCAAUUUUCAA